CAACGGCCGCGGUGCGCAUGCGCAGGCCCGAAGCCGCAAAUGAGCCCCUCUCUCUCUCUCUCCCUCCCCGAGCCGCCGGGGCGGACACAGACGGCUCUCCCGUCCAACCAACCACAAUUUUUCCCCACGCUCCCCUCCCUCCUCCUCCCAGAGGCCCAGACCUCGUCCUGCGUGUGACACGAGGCAAAGGCAACGGAACACAGCACGGCAAGCCGAGGAGCGGAAAGCGAGAGCCGCGCCGGCCGCCUGGCGUGAGCGUCUUUCCUAAUUUUUCCCCUUCUCUCCGUUGGGCCGUGGUUUGGCCGGCGGCCGGCGCAUGGCGUCAUCGCGAGUGAUGGCGUCGUCAUCCCCGCCUCAGCCCGCCGGCGCCGGCGCCGGAUCAUCCUCGGACCUCGCGCGCUUCAGGAGCGGCAGCGGCAUCGGAUCCAUGAACAUGGACGACAUCAUCCGCAACAUCUACGGCCCCGAGGCCGUCAACGCCGCCGCGGCCGGCGGCGGUGGCGCGGCGGAGCCAUCCCCGGCCACCCCACCGGCGCCCGCGGCCCGGCGGACGUCGGAGGAGGUGUGGAAGGAGAUCUCCGCCGCCGGAGGGCUCUCCGUGCCCGCGCUCCCCCCACCCCCUCCCGCCGGCGGCGGAGGCUCCGGGGCCAGGGGCGGCGGCGGCGCGGCGGAGAUGACGCUGGAGGAUUUCCUGGCGCGGGAUUCCGGCGCUAGGGCGGCGGCGGCGGUGGAGGGGUGCAUGGCGCUGGGGUUCCCCGUCCCCGACGGGGAUGCGCCCGGGGGAGUCGGCGGCGGGAGGGGAAGCCGGAAGCGGGCGAUGGUGGAUCCCGCCGACCGCGCGGUGAUGCAGCGCCAGAAGCGCAUGAUCAAGAACCGCGAGUCCGCGGCGAGGUCCAGGGACAGGAAACAGGCGUAUGUAGCAGAGCUGGAAUCGCAGGUUACGCAGCUCGAGGAGGAGCAAGCAGAACUGUUAAGGGAGCAGGAGGAGCGACGCCAAAAGAGACUUACGGAGCUGAUGGAAAGGGCAGUUCCAGUCAUAAGGAAAAAACUGCCACAAGAUCUUAGAAGAACCAACUCCAUGGAAUGGUAGAAAAAUGACCCUGAGCCCUGAUGCUCUUCAUCUCUUAGAAGUUACAGAGUUUCUUGUUUUCUUUAGAUUUCUGUUUUUCCCUAGUUUUCAUUGGCAGUUAGGAAUAGCAGAAAACAUUUUAGGUGACAUGAAAACUGUUGUAGGGUUGGGAUUGUGCGUGAUCAAGAAGUCACGCCAUUCAGAAUUGAUUUGUUGUCUGCUUGACUGGUUUCCUUGUGAAUGUGGCUGUGUUGUACAAACAAGAACAAUAAGGUUCGCUUGAAGGGUGGAUCAAAGUUUCCUCAUUGCAAAGGCAGCUAUUUUUACAUUCUAAA